AUGAAUCCGAUCUACUGGUGGUGGAGAGUGAAGGAGGGGGGCCCGUACACCAAGUACGGCACAUACCACAUCAACCCGCUGUGCAAGAUAGUGGCGUUCUCUAUGAAGAACAUGCUUCACCUUCAGGCCUGUGCGCUCAUCGGUCAGUUCUCGAAGCUCCUGGACAAGGGCCUCCGUCCAGUCGUCACGAGUGAGAACUGGUGGGACAUCUGGUACUACAGCAUCUUCUCUGUCAUUCACCUCCGGCAAAUUUUCUAUAUCCUGCAAGAUCAGCGGCCGAUACAGUUCGAGCAAGACGACCUCGAGCUCUACGAGCUCGUCUUCCAGAACAAUCAGUUCUCUCCUCGUCAGUUCGACAAGCUCCGGGCGCUUGCCAGCAAGAGGCAGGCCAAAGCCGGAACGCUUCUAGUUCCUCCUGGUCAGGCGAUCCGAGAGCUGACCAUCGUCGUCAAGGGAGAGUGCGAGGUUAUGGUGGGGGGCCACCGAGCGAACGUGAUCCGUCCGGGAGGCUUCCUGGGGGAGUUGGAGUUCCUGCAGGGGGAGGAGAAGGAGAAGGAGAAGGAGGGCGUUCACGAAGCAAAGCUGCCGGAGGGGAACAGCACGUUUGACAUGCUUGUCCGCGCGAGGUCGCAGAUCACCUACUUCUCCUGGAACUUCGAGGUGCUCGAGAAGUUUCUGAGGAAAUCGGAGAACAAGCAGGUGAGGUGA